UCUGAGUUAGUCUGUUGAACAGGCCGGCCCACGGACAAGAAAGUUUGGGAAGUAGAACAACGAUAGCAACGAUUAAGAAUAUAUUGGUGAGUUUAUAGCCGCAAGACAGAGGAGGUGUGGGGGGCAGCUUAAAGUGGAGGCCAUAGGUUGAGGACAAGGGACAACAAUGAAUCCUGGAUGCUGCAACUUGAUGAGGACACAAUACGGCAGCAAACCUUAACUGCAGGAGACACAACAUCACUGCUGAUAAUAAAGAAGGAGGACCAGGGGGGCUGUCCAUCAAUCCAGCUGCAAUGCAGGGGCUGAUGUGGAGCCUGUGCGCCUUACUCUGCGUCUCCCUCUGGGAAGAAAGUUCUUGCAAGAACUCUAGAGAAGCCCGGAGAACCAAAGAGACAUCUCUCCACAGAAGCAAAAGAGCUCCACUGGAUCCUGAUGUUAAAAAGUGUUCCUACACAUUCCUUGUGCCUGAGCAGAGAAUUACAGGACCAAUCUGUGCCAGCUCCACAGCUCUUGAGCCUGACAAGGACAGAGUGACACGCAUGGACAUAGCAGAUGUUCGGGAGGUGCUCAGCAAACAGCGACGUGAGAUUGAUACAUUGCAGCUGGUGGUGGAUGUCGAUGGCAACUUGGUGAAUGAGAUGAAGCUACUGAGGAAAGAGAGCCGGAACAUGAACUCCAGGGUGACCCAACUUUACAUGCAACUGCUGCAUGAGAUCAUCAGGAAGAGGGACAACUCUCUGGAGCUUGCCCAGCUGGAGAACCGUGUCCUCAACGUGACCUCAGAGAUGAUGCGGCUGGCUUCGAGGUACAAAGAGCUGGAGGCCCGCUUUGCCACGAUGGCUGGGGUCGUCAACAACCAGUCCGUUCUCAUCUCUGCUCUGGAAGAACACUGCCUAAGGCCAAUGGGGCGCAGUGAUCUGCCCGCAGUCCCUCCGCUAGUUCAGGUGGUACCACAGAACAUACCCGUCAACAAUCGCUUCACCAAUGAAAUACAGAGGGACCACAAUAACCGUGGCUUUUCACAUGGGUCUCGCAUGAACACACCAACUGCAAACCCACUCGGAAUUGAACCUCCACCACCACAAGGAACACUUACUUCUGAUGGUCCAUUCAAGGACUGCUUCCAGGUGCGGAAAGCUGGUCACACCACCAGUGGGAUGUACCUGCUGAAAACCGACAGCAGCGAGCGACUGAUCCAAGUCUGGUGUGAGCACGGCCUUGACAACGGCGGCUGGACCGUGUUGCAAAAAAGGAGAGAUGGCUCGGUCAAUUUCUUUCGGAAUUGGGAGAACUACAAAAGAGGCUUCGGCAACAUCGACGGUGAGCACUGGCUUGGGCUAGAGAACAUCUAUAACCUGGGUAAACAGGGUGACUACAAGCUGAUGGUGGAGCUGGAAGACUGGAACGGGAAGAAGGUCUAUGCGGAGUACGGCAGCUUCCACCUGGAGUCCGAGAGCGAGGGCUACCGCCUGAGGCUGGGCGCCUACCAGGGAAAUGCCGGAGACUCCUUCAGUAGUCACAAUGGCAAACAGUUCACCACGCUUGACCGGGACAAGGACGCGUUCUCUGGUAACUGCGCUCACUUCCAUAAGGGUGGCUGGUGGUACAACGCCUGCGGCCAGACCAACCUGAACGGGGUCUGGUACAGUGGAGGAGUAUAUCGCAGCAAAUUCCAGGAUGGGAUCUUCUGGGCAGAAUACGGAGGAGGUUUCUACUCGCUUAAGUCAGUACGUCUGAUGAUCCGACCCAUUGACUAGAACUUGAGAGCUUGAGAACAUUGUGGAUCUUUCGCAAGCACCUGGACCUUGUUUGUUUGUUUUUUGUUAAUAUACCUACCGAAAACACACUAGACAAGUAAGAGAAGGAAACAUUUCCAUCGAGGAACAAAUAACAGCAUAUGGAAGGACUGAUGACUCCAGCACCUGUGAUGCUCAAAUGAAAAGAAAAGUUCCUGGUUGGCUCUGGAUGGAACAAGGGAACAGUGCGUGUAAUGAUGGGAGGAAUGAACUCCAUUCUUUGGAAAGGCUAAUAUUCACUGUUGAAAGUUAUAAAGUUCAUUCCAAAAGAUAAAAUAAACACUUGGAUGUUUAAUUAUUUCAAGUUGCUAGUAAGACUACCCUGACAAUGGAAGGGCCUUGUGCCAAAAUUUUCCGCAUUUUGCCGAAAUUUUAGGGGAUUAAGGAGAAAAUUGAGUGUAAAUAUCUAUGGCUUUAUUGUGAUAGUUUAAUUUAAUUCUACUCAGGCCGAAUGUUCACAAUGCCACUUUGCCAGUUGUUAUUUAACAGUGAGUAUUUAUGGUAACCAUAGAUAUUUAGCUCGGUAGGUUUGAGAUAAUAAGGUUGCAGCAGUACACUGGUUAAUAUCGUAUAAAAUGGUGGGAUUAUUUAGGUUCAUCAUACCCUGUACAUUUUUGUAAACAAAGUAUUUUUACACUGUUGUACUUGUACAACAUGUAUCAUCUAUUUUCAUUCUUUUACAGGUAUAUAUUUUUUUUGUACAUAAUGGCAAUAAUCCUACCAUGAAAAGGUUAUUGUAAAUCCAUUCAUUGCUAUCCUGUUUCAGAAACACUAAUAAGACGAUGCAUACCGUGAAGCCUUACAUGAAGUAAAGGUUGCCAGUUUUCAUUUCAUUUUCUCAAAUAAAAAGAAAAAGUCAACAAUGAACUGUCCUAACUUUUUACUGCUUGGCUGCUUUGUUCAGAAGGCCUUGUGCCUUGCCUACAGUUGCCGGGUAUCUAGUCUAUGAAAGCAAAUAACUGGAAGUUUGUUUGACAACUUGCUCUUGCUGUGACUUCUGUUCUGAGGAUGACGUGACGUAUAGGUCGGAUACUUACGACCUGACAGCUCAGACUGCAGGAGAUCAGAUUUAUAUCCACAUCAGAUCGGAUCGGAUUUAUAUCCACAUACCAAAAAGGAGUUGCAUUUGAAAAAUCGGAAUUGCACUGUUCAAUAACAAAAAACAAAAAUACAUUUCAGGGCACAUAUGAGAAAAAAUUAAAUAAAUGUGUGUGAACGUAACCUGCUUAUUUUCUGUGACCUCUCUUUUCCUUCAACUUUCACUCAUCUCGCUGUCCUCUUUAUUCAUAUCUAUCACUUGUUUCUAUCGUCUUUCCCUGGAAGUCUCACCCAUUCCACCGUGUCACUCACUACAUUUCUCUCUUCUUACCGUACAUUGGUUUCUUGUAUUUAGAUCAAUGCACAGAUUUGAUUGGUCGAGUAGCAUUAGGUUGGCUAGUUUAACUUGUAUGCAAUUGUUAGUGGACUUCCUGAGCUGAUCAAACAGUAUGUCAAGU